AUGUCCAUACAUAAGCAGAACGAGCCAGCUGCAAACCAUGAAGAGGUUGUCGCGCCCGUGCCACCCGCUGAUGAUGAGAUGCGCCUUAGAUCCACCAAAGGGGACGAAGGGAAGUCGUGCAGACCAUCAUGCUCCACCUACUCGAAAGAAUGGAGGCGGCGGGGAGGGAAGAUGGUCACCCCAACGGAGCAAUCUGCUGGUGGUGGACCAGCAGCAGUCACCAGUGUUGACUCCGACAUUGAGUUUGGUGACAGGGUGCCCGUCAACAGACUUGUUGGCGCUGGUGAAUCAUCAUCAUUCGAAAUUCAAGGAUCCGCCGUGGCGGAACGACAAACACUGGGUGCUGUGUCAAGGACACUUCAAACGAAUGCCUCGGAUCAACACGUCCAGCGGGAAAAGAAUAAGAGGAAGCGAUCUCCGACCAUCAGGAAGAUUCUCUGCGCUUUCAAGAUACGGUGA